AUGGGGUUGCGUAUUGUGACAUGGAAUGUCAAUGGCAUCAGAAAUCCGUUUGGGUAUCAGCCAUGGAGCACACAACGAACAUUUCAGGCAAUGUUCGAAACCCUCGAGGCGGACAUCGUAGUCAUGCAAGAGACGAAAAUUCAGCGCAAAGACCUCAAAGAUGACAUGGUACUAGUACCUGGUUGGGAUGUAUUCUUCAGCCUACCGAAAUACAAGAAGGGAUAUUCCGGUGUCGCGAUAUAUACCCGGAACGCAACAUGCUGCCCCAUCCGCGCCGAAGAAGGCAUCACAGGCGUCCUUCCAGUUCCAAACUCAACUACCAGCUUUCGCGACCUGCCUGAAGACCAGCAGAUCGGCGGCUACCCGCGCGCGAGCCAGCUCUCCAGCGAAGUAGAUGAGGCGACGCUCGACUCGGAAGGCCGGUGCGUCAUCCUCGAGUUCCCGGCCUUUGUGCUCAUCGGCACCUACAGCCCCGCCACCCGCGACUCGUCUCGCGACGACUUCCGACUGGGUUACCUCGGCGCCCUCGAUGCACGCGUGAGGAAUCUUGUCGCGGCCGGGAAGCAGGUCAUCUUGACGGGUGACCUCAACGUCAUUCGCGAGGAGAUGGACACCUGCAACCUCAGGGAGACGCUCCGCAAGGAGGGCAUGACUGUGGAAGAGUGGAUGCAGGGGCCAAGCCGUCGGUUCAUCAACCAGCUCGUCGUCGGUGGCCAGGUCGUCGGCGAACGCGAUGAAGGAAAGGAGACGCCCGUCCUCCAUGACUUGACGCGUAUCUUCCACCCCACCAGGCAGAGCAUGUUCACUUGCUGGGACACAAAGAGGAAUACCCGCCCGGCGAACAACGGCAGCCGGAUAGACUAUAUCCUAUGUUCGUCGGGCAUCAAGGACUGGUUCACGGACUCAAAUAUUCAGGAGGGGCUGAUGGGAUCGGACCACUGCCCCGUAUUCGCAGUCAUGAAUGACGUCGUCACAACGGACGGUAAGGAGUCACCCGUACUCGACGUGAUGAACCCCAGUGGUAUGUUCCACGACGGUAAACGGCUGAGGGAAUGGUCACCAAAGGACCUUCUUCCCCUAUCCGCGAAACUCAUCCCUGAGUUCGACCGAAGACGCAACAUCCGCGACAUGUUCAUGAAGAAGCCCACCCCGAAGCCCGCACCAAGCCCCGGAUCGACUCCUCUCGAGUUACACAGUCUUCCAACCGAAGAUGGUGGCGACUACCCCGUGACGACUCAAGAGACGCAAGACCCGGAAGCCUCGCAGGCAACCACGACGACCGAAGACGUGCCCGCCGCCUCACAGGCAUCCAUGCAGUCCAACACGGCAAGGUCACCACCCCCCAAGUCGACACUCUCCUCGUCACAAAGCACCAACCCGCUCGUAAAACGACCAGCCGAAUCGGCAGCAUCAGCUAAACGAGCCCCCAAGAAGUCGAAAACCAACGAAUCCGACGGUAAGGCCCAGAGCACCCUCAUGGGCUUCUUCAAGCCAAAGAACCCGCCACAACCACCACCAACCCAGUCUUCGCCCACUCAAGCAGACGCGGCAAAGACCAAUCAUCCACCAUCGCCCUUCACCAAGAACAAAGCCGCAAGUGAUGGUGGUGCUGCUGCUGGACCUAUCCGGUCCCUCUCGGGACUAUCAGAAGCGGUGGGCACGGUAGAACAACCCGGCAGCAACGGCGGCGGCAAAGAACUCACGCCUCCUUCAUCCUCCGCGAAGCCAUUCGAGACGGCGACGUCGGAAAAGGUCUUUGACCCCAUCGAAGUCAAGGAGUCUUGGUCAAAGUUCAACCUGGGAAAGAGGGUCGUGCCAAAGUGCGAGCACGGUGAGCCCUGCAUCAGCUUCCAGACCAAGAAGCCGGGCGUCAACUGUGGCAGGUCGUUUUUCAUCUGCGCCCGUCCUCUGGGGAAAUCCGGAGAAAAGGAAAAGGGGACGGAGUGGAGGUGCGGUACUUUUAUAUGGAGCAGUGAUUGGAAAAAGAGCCAGUCUCAAGCGUCGUAG